AUGGACACCUUCAGCACCAAGAGUCUGGCUCUGCAGGUGCAGAAGAAGCUCCUGAGUAAGAUGACAUCUAAGGCAGUGGUGGCUGUGCUGGUGUAUGACACCAACAGCAAGGUGCUGGAUGAGCUGUGUCGUGCCACCAGGGAGUUCACAGGCAGCUGCAAGGAGGCCCAGAAGAUGCUCAAGAACCUGGUGAAGGUGGCCCUGAAGCUGGGGCUGCUGCUGUGUGGGGACCAGCUGGGCGGGGAGGAGUUGGCGUUGCUGUGGUGCUUCCGCCACUGGGCACACUUCCUGGCCAUCAUGGCCAUCAGCUUCCAGCAGGUGGACUUCACCUUCGACUGGCAAGUGCUGGCUGCCGGGCUGCUUGAGUGCCACGACCUGCUGCACCAGGCCAUGGGCCCCCAGCUGACCACCAAGUCCCACAGCCGCAUCAACCACGUGUUCGGCCACCUGACUGACCGUGACUUCCUGGCCAUGAUUUACAGCCCCUCCGAGUCCUACCGCUCCCACCUGCACAGGAUCUGCGAGGACCUGGGCAGGAUGCUGGACGAGGGCAGCCUCUGA